CCGAGUUUUUCUGCGUGGAAAAUGGAUAUGCUGAAUCUUGACGAAUGAGUCUCGAUAGUCGUGUUGAGGCUUUUGCUCGUUCUUUCUAACAACUAUUUGUCUUCUUUUUAAUCGUUUGUUUCUUGGGAAAUGGAGUUGAUUUUGGGUUGAGUAAUCUUGAGGAGAACGUGGUUAGGAACUUUGCGAAGGACCUCUUCGGAUGUGUCGGCUUUUUUUCUUCUGACCUAAUUGUACGGCUAAGGACUUCAUUCUAUGGUGACAAUGAUGGAGGUUUAGGUCGGAGUUCGGUGGUUUUUGUUGUUUGUUUUUUUGUUCAUCGUGUUCAUCUUCCAGCUUCGUAUUUUUUUGAAUGAUCCCAUAAAUGUCCGGGGCAAAACUUCCUCCUUUCCUCUUUUUAUUCGGUGCUUUAUUUGGGAACCCGAUUCCUCUGGGCUCACAGGAUGAAGCUCUCGUUUCCUUUUUUUUUCCCCCUUGCUUUUUAUAUCCCCAACUCUUUGUUGCUUAUCUUUGUUUUUUUUGUCUCCAUCUCCCUUAUCCUUUUUCCCCUUCCUUCUCAAUCUUUGUUUCCUAAUUUUUCGAUUAUAGUAGCAUAUUACACGUUCCAGGUUUUGGUUUUCUCGCCAAAUUCGAACUCUGCGAUUAAUCUCAAAUAAAAAUUUCUCUUUUAGUUCAAAAAUAAGAAAAACAAGUAGCUUUUGACAGCCAAUAUUCUGUUUUUAUUUACCCUACAAAGUUUUUCUCUCUCUGUCUUAAAUAUGACUAUCUAGUUUCUUGAAGGCAUAUCUACAGUGGAUAUCACAAAGUGGCAAACAGAAGGAUGCUAAAAAUCUCUUCUCGUAGGCUUGGGUCAUCCAUAGUGGCGAGACGAGGUUUGAACGAAGAAGAUCUAGCCGUCUGAUCAUGGAUGAAUCAAAGGACAGGGAGGGAUCGCGAGGUUUGGUGCGUGGAAGAAGCAUGGCUAAUCGGUCCUCGCCCGCAGCGCGACAGCAGCCAAUGGGCUCUUCUUCUCCAACCGUUUGGGAGAUGGAGUGGAUGGUAGUGUGCCUAUGGAUAGGCGGAAGAAGGAAAUGGUUAGUGCUUCCAGGUGGAAAGCAAGCAAUAAGGAUGCCUCUGGCGACACAGGCAGCAGUGAGUCUGAAGAAGUGGGUCUAGGUUCUUUCCAACCAAUGCUUAAUACCAUUUCUAUCACUAGUCUACCUAGUAGACAGAAAGAAAGGCUGCGUGGAAAGGUUGCUGAGGAGAAUGAUGCUGUUGAUCUUGCCCUUGUUCCAAGGAAACUGAGAUCGGCUAUGAAUACACGCAGCAGAGGGCCCUUAUCUCUCACGAUACCAAAUGCUAAGAAGAAACACUAUCGAACUUCUAAUAGACUUCAGGGGUUACCAAACAGUGGCGGAAGGGAAGGGAAGCAGAAUGGGCUGCUUGAAGCAUUUACAAAGGAUGAAGAGCUUGUUAUUGAGGCUUUGUGUGAACUAUCCAGAAUGCUACCGAUAGGUGAGCAAAUUGCAUAUAAGGAAGACAGUAAAGCACUGGAUAGACACCAGGUUUACUUGGCUAAUUGUUCAAAAGGUUCGAAAGUGGAUAAAAAUCUUUUGCAUCAAUCCCUGCCCAAUGAAAAUACCUCUUCUUGCAUGGAGAAACCAUUAGAAGAUGCAAAAAAUGAAGUGCAUGCUCCUGAGCAGUCCAUGGAAGUUGGCCAAAGAGAAACUGUUGAUUCUGAUUUGAAUAUAACUCCUGAACUCAUUUUGACUGAAAAUGAACCGCCAGAAAAUACUCCUUCCACAGCAUUUAUGAAAUUUUCCAGCCAUCCAGGAGUCCUACUUCGUUGCUGUACUGAAGAUAGGGAUAGAGUAAUACAACCGGGUCAGGCUGAUGCUACUGAAACCCACUCUUCAUGCAAAUAUGAAGUGCAGCAAAAUGGAUGUGUCAAAUCUACUACCCUAAGAAAUGAAGUUCAGCAAGUUGAGUGUGACAAUGGAAGUAUUGUAAAGUGUGCGCAUGAUGUAGCAACUCCAUCAAACAUCCAGCAAUCAAGCAAUUCUACUGUCUGGCCUGGUCCUGUGAGUAGUAUCACUGGACUUUCUUCUAGAGUAAUUGAACUUCCAACUGAGAAGGUUCCUCUUACUGCAAUGUCGACGUGGAAGAAGUGUGCCAUUCAUGUAUUCAUAGGACAUAAUAUCAAAAGCUAUCAGGAUAAGGAGAGACAGAGGAAACUUUUGUUGACUUGUGAUGAAUCUAAGCAAAGUGAGUAUACAAAAUCAUGUGGACCAGCAAACAAUGUGAGAGUUGGCUCACAAAGCGGAUUGAGUGGCAGGGCUUCUGCUUCUAUUUCCGUACUGGAGAGGAAUAAGAACGAAGAAAGAAAUGGAAUUUUCUGUAAUAGUAGCUUGAUGCAAACCCACCAAUAUUCUGGCCUAGUAGAUGCCAAACAAAAACAGGCCUACGACUUUCUCUCAUUGUCAGCCGGUGGUGAUACCGUAAGUCCUGUCGAUGGAGCCAAGUCUGCCGCUCAGCUUCAUUCCCCCUAUUUGCAUACCCAUCCACAUCAUUCCCUUGUGCCAUUUCCUUUCCCUAAUUUUCCCUAUCCUCUACCUUACUCAGAAAAGCUAGUACCUGUAGCCGCUCAACAGGUGCAACUACAAGUACCGCAUUUUAUCGGAAAUCAAUUCUAUAGACACCAAAUAGACAACACCAUCAGCAAUAUACAGCUACAACAAUACCAGCAGCAACAGCUCUGGCAAGCUCAUUAUGCUAACUACUGCCCUCCUGCAGGUAUCGGAGUGCCACAGAAUGAGCGGCUACAUGACUCUUCUGCUCCUCCUGUCCAAAGUGCUCGGACUUCAAUUCUCUCUCCUCCCCUUUCUGUACAGAUGCAAGGCGGAUCCUAUCACCCAAUUUUGGUUCGUCAACAUCGGCAACUUAUUGCUAAUGCUUCCUCAUCAUCCGCAAAUGUAAAGUCUCACAAGAACUAGCAACUGGGAACCCAGCUGAGGAUUUACACCAUCGCUUGGCAGAAAAUUUGAAUGAACAGGCUAGUGUUGCUGCAGUCGACGGACUCCAGGAAAAAAAAAGAGACCAUAAUGCUCAUCGAAACCAUAAAGAGUCUUCGGUGCCGUAAAUGCUUCUGGUUAUAUUCUGGAUUAAGCAUAGUCAGCAAAUUCGGUCUAAUGUGAUGAUACCCUAGUUGUCCUUUGCGAAGCAUAGCUUUAUGGGAACGAAGAGCUGUGUGUUGGAUA